AUGGCUCAUUCGCUCACAGUGAAGCAGGUGGCCGGCAAACCAGGCCAGGUCUACUACCCCCUGCAGCUCAACGAAAUAGCCCGACCGACGCCGGGUCCGGGCGAGCUGCUGGUGCGCAUGCGGGCGGUGGCGCUGAACCAUCGCGACCUGUUUAUCCGCCAGCACCUGUACCCGGGCAUCUCGUUUGAGCACCCCCUUCUGGCCGACGGCUACGGUAUCGUCGAGGAGGUUGGGCCGGGCUGCCGGCGGCGCGACGUGGCCAUUGUCGGCACGGGCGUUGUGCUGGCGCCCAUCCGGCAUUGGGACUCGGACCCGGACGGGCCUGAAGACGAGGCUCGCUUCACGGCCUUGGGCGCCGCCGUGGGCACGCCUGCCGGCACGGCCAUCGACUACCUCUGCGUGCCGGAGGACGAUCUGGAGGCGGCGCCGCCGCACCUGACGGCAGCUGAGGCGGCAGCCCUGCCGCUGGUUGGGCUGACGGCCUGGCGGGCUCUCGUGACGAAGAGCGGCAUCGACCGGCCGACCGGCCACCAUCGCCACGGACAAGGCCCUCGCAACGUGCUCGUCACGGGCAUCGGCGGCGGCGUGGCCAUGGUGGCGGCCCAGCUGGCCAUCGCGCACGACUGCCGCGUGUUUGUGACGUCGGGCGACGUCGCUAAGCUGGCACGGGCACGCGACGAGCUCGGGGCCAGCGGCGGCGUCUCGUAUCGCGAUGCCGAUUGGGACCGCCAACUGCUGAGUCAGCUGCCCACAACCGCGCCACUCUUUGAUGUCGUCGUCGACGGCGCCGGCGGCGACAUUGUCCGGCGUGCUAGCCGGCUGCUGCGGCCCGGUGGCAUCAUCGCGUCGUACGGCAUGACUGUCGGCCCUCGGCUCGACUGGACCAUGCAGGCUGUCCUGCACAACAUCGACCUCAAGGGCUGCACCAUGGGCUCGCGCGCCGAGUUCCGCGCCCUCGUCGCCUUUGUGCGCCAGCACCACAUCCGUCCUGUCGUCAGCCGCGUCGUCCACGGUGGCCUCUCGCUCGCAAACCUGCCCGCCAUCGACGGCCUCUUUGACGACAUGAAGGCCGGCCGCCAGUUCGGCAAGCUCGUGCUGCAGUUUGAUGAGCCGGCUGAUGGAUUAGCUGACGGACAGGCCGACCAGGCAGACUCGCCGUCCAAGCUCUAA